UUGUGUAAGGGUGCCAUGGAUGAACUAGGAAUCAUCGAGCAAGGCGUCGACUGGAGGACCCGCGUUGGUCAAGACAUUCGCGAUAGGAUGACAGAUGAUAUAUUGUUCAGCCUACAGAUGAAAUUGCAAAUGACUACUUCUACAACAUUGAUUGAUCUCCAGAAAGUUGCUACCAGGAUAGAAGAGAGGAUAUAUACAAUUGCUACUGACUAUGGUGAUUAUCUACGGAGGAUUAGUCUGACAAAAGGCGAUCUGGAGGAUUCAUAUCCUAUGUUAUUGAACAAUUUUCUACACAUUCGUCAGCAAGCUUCAAUCCAUUCGUCCAUCUUGCUCCAUCAGAACAAUAAUCAGGGCCAAAUCAUCCAGGCAGAAGGAAAUGUUCAGGGGACGUCAUCAAACAGCAUACUAUCUAAUGAACUGACCCUGAAUGACCACAAGAAGCCCUUCCACCCCAAUGCAAAAGAUAGGAUCAGUGAACUCCCUAAUGAUCUGUUCCAACAUAUCCUAUCCUACUUGUCAACGCGAGAGGCGGUGCGCACCGGUGUUUUGUCCCAAUGGUGGGUCAACCGGUGGGCAUUCUUGCAGUCCAUUCAGCUUGAUGUAGACUGGUUUCAUAUGGAUAGGGAGAAAUUCAGCAACUUUGUUGACAAUCUGUUGGUAAACCGUCACCAUGCUGAUGUUCCCAUGGAUACUUUCCAGCUACACUCUUUUGCAAUAGAACACGCUAAUUGCUGGAUUAAUCAUGCUAUCAAGCACAAUGCUAAAGUGCUUAAAUUUACUGAGUAUCAAAGAUGGGAACCAUUCUACUUGGAUCCAAAACUUGUGGGGUUCAGCUCUCAGUACCUGAAAACUUUGGAGCUUACAAAUGCUGCUCUAUACAAUCUCGUGUUUGAUCCCUUGAACAAUGCUUGCCCAGCAUUGCAGAACUUGAUACUGACAGAUUGCUUAAUGGAGGUGGAAGAGAUUUCAUCCAGUUCACUACAGAAAUUGGACAUAAUUGGCUGCUUUCUUCUGAAGGAUCUGAGCAUUUGUACCCCUGGUUUGGUCUCAUUGCGAAUCAAGGAUCGAAGGAUGGACAAUUCUUCGUACAAAAACUCUUACCUGGUGUUCACAAAUGUCACACUCAUUGAUGCUUCAAACGUCACUAGUAUGGAGUUGUCAGCUGUUGAUAGAAAGUUCACAUUCGUGGAAAAAGCUGGGAGCAGCCCAAUGUUCAGGAAUCUCAGAAGCCUGCACCUGAGUGAAUGGUGCAUUGUUGAUCUGUUUUCUCCUCUGCGUCAAUUCAUCCAGCACUCACCUAUGCUGGAGAUGGUGACUCUGAAGCUCAGUCUGUUGCGCUGGCGGUUCCAAAUCACGGAUGAACAUGCCAAGACGCUGGUCCGCGUUCGUGAUGCUCGUGGCCUGCUUCUUGAUUUUGAUUGGUACUGAAGACGGAGG